UUACUCUAAACCUUUUCAUUAUUCUUAUUUCUCAUUUUCUGAAUUUAUAAUUUUUCCGAGUUUGAAACAAACCCUCUUAUAAUUGAAACAAAAAAUGAUCUUCAAAUAGUAUCGCAGAAGACUAGAAACAACCCCAAAUAAAAGGGAGAAAAAAGAAAAUCCAAUUCUUUUUUUAGGGUCUCCCAAAAAGAACACCAAAAACUAAAACUUGAACACUGAGACGACGUUUUGCACUUGAUUUUGAAAGGGGGUUAUGGAGAGUUCCGUUGUGGGAGAAAGGAGUGGUCGCGUACCACUGUCGGAGGUGGUGGCAGAUUGUGUGAAGCGGUGGUUUAGAGAUGCUCUGAAAGAGGCUAAGACAGGGGACAUAAACAUGCAAGUGUUGGUGGGUCAGAUGUACUACAGUGGCUACGGGGUUCCCAGAGAUGCUCAGAAGGGAAGAGUUUGGUUGACCAAAGCAUCAAGGACUAGAUCUUCGGUUUGGAAAGUAGGUGAUAAGCACCCAGGUUAUAAUGCUAGUGACUCUGAUUCCGAUGAAUUGAAGGAGGAUUCUUAAGCAAACAUAAUUUUCCUUCAUGGCUAAAAAUGUGAAAGGUCUGCCAUGCACCGUACUUAUUAUGCACAUCCAUGGUUGAUGUUCAUGUAACUUGCAGCUUCACAUGUGGUUUUUGAUUUGUGUAUGAUUUGCUACUCUAAUUUUGUUUUUCUAGAGGGAUAGAAAAAUGGGUUAAUUGUCUUAGUUUGGAGAACAAAUGUGAAAACUUUUUGGGUUUCGUGACGAGCACGUUAAUUACUUAAUUAGUUUGCUAUUUAC